ACUUAGCCAACUUUUGAGAGGGCAUUUUUUGGACAUGUACUCGAUCGACCUUAACUUUGGCCCCUCCUGCUGCGCAAGCACGCCACCAAUGCCAUAUUGGCUGGCAUCCGUGGUUACUGUAAAUGGCUUGUCAGGAUCAGGAAGUUUCAAGACCUCAUGGUGUGCUAAGGAGUGCUUCAGAUGUUUGAAAGCAGCCUCACACCUGUCUGUCCACUCCCACGGGGUGUCAAGGCGUGUCAGGCGGAAGAAGAGGAGCACUUCAAAAACGCUUCCUUUGGACGAUGCAUCAGCUGUUGGAGAAGACAAGGUGAAGAACGAGAAAAACAAUGACUCUGGCGACGAGUUGGAAAUAGGUAGUUGCCAGUAUGAAACCUCGGAUUGCGAUGACCACGAUAAUGGCAGGUCUUCAGCUCCUGCCGAAUGCACAACCCCCUUCUCCUCCUCCUCUACGGCUGCUGCUGCUUCGCAUUCGAGACAACAUCUUGGACAGGCAACCUCCACUCCUGUUAACAAUGCAUCUGAACAACAUGUUCCCGAUCCCAAACCGAGUACUGACCAGCUUUCCGUUCCCCAUAGCAGCAUCAUGCCCGUUGCCGCCCCUGGGAUCGGCACCCACACUGUGGAGCCUGCUACCGCUCCUGCCAGGAACGAACCGGCCGACCAGUCAGAAUCGGAAUUGGAAAUGCCGUCCUAUUGCUACAGCCGACCUCAGUCUUCUGUCUCUUCACCACGCACACAAUCCUCCUCUUCAUCCAUUCCGAGCUCAGUGAUAAUAGGAGCAAUGUUAACAACAUCAGAGGCCUCUGUGACUCACAUGUCAACUGCCUCAGAUCUGGCUGCAAAACAGACAACUACUGAGAAUCCCCUGACAGGGGUGUCCUCUUCAUCUGAGCUCUCGCCGUUUUUGCCAUCAUCGCUGCAGCCACUUGCCCCGUGUGACCUGUCCGGCACGACUGCUCCCGCAGUAUCAAACGUUUCCUCCCCGUCUCCUUUUGCUCCUACACCGCAGCCGCCUCCUCCUCCUCCUCCACCUCUGCCGCUUUCUGCCUUCUCAUUUCUUCACAGCAGUCCUCCUUCUCCUCCUACUGCGACAGCUGCUUCCACCCUCUCUAAAGAAGAGGCCUCCCUUCCUUGUGACUCAUGCACACCAGCUUCUGCUGCUUCCACAUCUGUUGCUGAAAGUCAAGCCGCGAGCUUGACGUGUACCAUGCCAGCUCACGACGAAAGCCCACUUGGCGGAGAUGGCAGUGGAGGACCUCCUCAUAUCCCUUCAGCAAAGAUUGCUGAGGCUAUGGUGAACGAACGAUCCGUGCAUGAAAAUGUACAUGACGCUGCUGUUGCCGAUGCGGCCGCUACCAUCAUGCAAUCAGCAUUCAGAGGUUAUCGGGUGAGGAAGUUCUAUCGGAAAAACUGGCAAUCUAUGAAACUAUUGCACAUCACUUCACUAGAGAGGAACAAGUUGGUGCCACCUGGUAACAGUGGAGGGCAAGGAGAACAGCAGGCAGAUGCUGAUGACGAGAAUGUCGUUGGGGAGGUGAAGAGAGAGGUGGGGUGGAGAAUGGAAGAAGCAGAUGAACAACAAGAGAGGGAUGCUGAUAACAUUCAAAUGGAUGACGGGAGUGGAUGCACCCGCAGUGACGGGCACGCUAUACCUUUCUUGUGCAAGCUUCAUGAGGCUCCUCAUGCGCCAUUGACAAAGGAUGUGAGUGAUGAUGUUGCAUGUGAGGAGGAGGGUGCAGCGGAGAAGGUGGUGGAGGUCUGUGAAUCAUCUUGUUAUGGGAAUUGGGGGGUUAGUGAUUCAUCUCACAGUGCGAAAGUGACAAAGCCGAGAGAGCAGUAUGACCCUGCGCAUUCGAUUGGACGGUUUGCUGCACCAGCUGCUGAAGGGUUUGUGGGGUUUCCUGUGCCUGUGAACUUCUCAAGUUUUAGCAUGGAGGGUCUGAGCUUGAGUGAACUUGGACUUCGUAGAGUGGGGCGGCGUAGGCGGCUGCUCGUGUCGACUUCGAUGGGAAGUUUGCCUUCUUAUGGACGGAGGUUAUCUCCUUCAGUCAGCAGGACCAGCAUCAGAACAGAGAGAGUCGGAAACUUCAAAGGGAAACAGGGGUUCAACUUGUUCUUGCGCGCCAAGAGCCAGAGGGAACGUGACAUGGCAAUGGCACGCCGCUCGCGUGCACAGACAUACGGCACAAUACAUCAGCACUGGUCAAGGCAGCAUGGUCAGACAAUGGGUAUGGUUCCUGGAGUGUUGAGGCGCGAAGCUGGCGGAGCGGGGGGGAAGGGCUCGAAGCACAAUGGUCCAGAGACGGGAAAGCCCAGAGGAGGUUGGGGAUGGGUUCUGCUGGAAUCCUGGAUGCUUGACCGUCCUUGGAGAAAUCGUUACUUCCGUGACCCAAAUGAUCCCACAGGAAUGUAUCUGAUGGAGUGGAUUCCUCCUGAUCAUCUCGCGUUGGCUAGGGCACCACUAAUGGAAGAAGAAUGUGGCAAUGGCAACAGGAGGCGCAGCAGCAGUGUGGGUGCUAUGGGCGGACACGGGAGGAAAGAGGUUUCAUCUUUGGCAGGUGCACCUCAUACUCCAGCUGUUAAUGAGGAUGCACUGCCUGCUCAUCGCAGGUCGGAAAGAACUGCGCCACGAGCACAGGGUGGGAGGGCCGCCACAAGGUCUGGACCGCCUUCUGGUUCGACUGCCGGGCAAAGCAGUGAGCCCUCUGCAGCUGUGUGUGCAAUCCCCCAGGGCACUCAAAAGGACUCCACCUUGGGACCUCAUCAGAGUUCUCAGACAGGUCAUUAUUCAGGUGUGCGACACACUCAGACACAAGCUCUCUCAACGGCAGCAGUGACUCGAGAUGCGGUGCAUUGUACAGAAAAAAUGUCAGCGGCAGCGGUGACUCGAGAUGCGGUGCAUUGUACAGAAAAAAUGUCAGCGGCAGCAGUGACUCGAGAUGCGGUGCAUUAUACAGAAAAAACGUCAGACGAAGGGAAAAACUGUGGUGUGGCAGCUGAGAGUGAAGGUGGGAGAGUGGCAGUGGCAGCAGCAGCAGUAACAGCAGUCCAGGGUCAUAAACACAGUGGACAGCAUUCCACAACUGGGGGGGGGGAAUGCACAGAUGAAGGCGCAAGCGAUGCCCAUAAUCUAGAGAGUGGAUGCCAGCCAUAUAACGGGCAUGCAUCAAAGGCAGCAGCAAUGACCACAUCCACGCCAUCCGCCUCCACAGGUAAAGUGGGCAAUAAGGAAGGUGGGAGCCUAACAGGAAAGGAUGGGGCUGAAGUGUCACGGAGGUUGGCCUUCAAUUUCGAUCCCCUUCGGACACCCUGGGUAGUGGACAGUUUGCCUCCCUCGACAGGGGCAUCAACGGAAUCCCAUGGUGUAAGUCUGUGUGAGCAGGAGGAACCACCUAUGGACAAAGCCAUGUAUGUAGGGUGUGAUAACGAGGGUGACGUCAAUACCGAGCCGGUCUUCCGCAGGGUUCUCGCAAAGCCAAUCUGGCGCUCCAGGAGCUCAUCCAAGUCCAAUGAUAGUUCUGGGCUUCGUCAUUCCGGCAGCGGCAGCAGUGUCACUAGUGCGAUGUCGCCCUACCAGUCCAGUGAAAACCUUUUUCAGAAGGCUGCCCACGAAGCAGACUUCUCUGUAGACUCCAAGAUCCUGAGCACUGACAACUGCCUGGAGAGAUGUGGGCCAAGCUCUGCAGCUCAGGUUGCUAAACCAGAAGGUACUCUUUCUGAGACUGCUAUGACACAACAGAUCACGGGACGAGAAGCUGCUCUGUCGAAGUCCAAAGGCAGUGAGAUAGAGGUGUUGAGAAAGACAUGGACUGGAAAAAGUGGAACGGAGACCAAAAGUCAAAGUGGUGUGGAUGGUGGAGAGGGUGAAGGGAAGGGAGAGCUCAUGGGGUCAGCGACAUCAGACCGGGAAGUUUCCGCAUCUUGCACAGGCAGACUGAGCACCAGCGCACAAAAGGUCACCUUGAAGGAUAUGGGAAACCAAGCUUCAGUCGCAGAAUGGUUGAAGUCAAUCAAGAAGAAUAGUGAAAAUGAUCAUUCUCCAAGCGCGCGGGUGGUAGCCACAAAGCGGGUUCUUCCCGAGUUCCAGCUUGCUAGCAGUGCAGUUGGACCAGAUCCCAUCCAGAAAGCGAACACAGCGGAGGACGGCGGAGAAGGGGUAUCCAAAGCCGAGGAAAAGUCUUUGCCAUCCUCCUUGUCCCCAAUGGAAAACAGAGGAGAAGUUCCAACAGUUUCAGCAGUUUUGUCCUCUGCUCAUUUUGGCGGAUCCGCAGAGUGGACCAGUGAUCGUGCCGAUGAAAUCCAAGUGCAACCAACUCGGUUGUCAUCAGCAGGUUCAGCUGUGGUUGAACCAUCGGCUGCAGCUCUAUCAAGUGGAGUUCAAGGUCAAAGCCAUCCACUGCCCAACUCCAUGUCUAACCAGAAUGCGCUUCCAAACUCGACAGAAGAUGAGAAAAUGGAUAAGAUCAACAGCAGAUGUGCCAAGGAGGAGAAGGCAGAUAUGUCAAGGGCAGGGUGCAUGGGCCUUCGAGAGCAACAACUGAGUGGGUUGUCUGCCAUGGUUCGUGGGAAGGGUGAAGGUGUGAGGACAACAACAGACAAGCUACAAGAAGGAGACAAAGUGGGGCUGGGGAGUGGCAAUGUCAAUAAGAGAUACUCACUGCCUGCAACAGGCCUUCCAACGACAAGUAUGAGGAGGCAAGCAUUUUCUUUGGGUGAGUCUUCUCCUUUUGUGGGAGAUGCAGCAGCAAACAAGGAAGAACCGCCUACAGAUGAGGGAGAUCGCACUCGCUCCAGUCGUGAGGAGCCGGCUGGUCCGCCAUGUCUUCCUUCGGAGACUAGUCCUGAGCAGAGAAAGCUGCGAAGUCCUAUGCGGAGUGUCUCACCAAGCCUGAAGCCUAGGAACAGGCAUGAUGUGUCCGGCACAGAGCCUACACUGGAUACUUCAGUACCCUCACACAGAUCUUAUGCUCGGCGCCCUGUAUCCGCUGGACCUUCUGUUGGAAUGGGCAAAUUCUCAGAUCCUGCGUCUGCCAACACACAGAGAAAGCUGCUGCCCGAUACGGAAAGGACCACAUCAACUAUGAUUCCAAGGUACCGGCAAAGCAUUGCAACCUACAUGCCAUUAUCAUCUUGUGGGUCUGCAGGUGAUCGUCGCCCACUCUCAAAUGUGACAGCCACAAAGGAUGAUUUGAGAGCAUCAGCACAACGACUUGCUGCUGCAUGGCAUGUGCCAGCAAAGAAGCUUGGCGUCUCUGCCUCCAUGUCCUUCAUCCCUUCCACGCUCUCGAAGUCUCCCAUUGAAGACAAGGCUAAUUCAUCGGCUAUGUUAUCUAGUUCGGCCAAGGCACUUUCGCUUAAGGGAACCACCUCAACCAUGCAUGGGAGGGUGAAGGCAAAGGAUGUAGGGCGCUCAGUUGACGCAUCACCAGUUCAAUGCACACGGAUACCUCUGCCAUCAAAUGCGGAAAGUUCAACCCUGGACCGUUCACAUCUAGUUCGAGAAUCUGAUGACAAAAGGCGUUUCAGCACCGGUACACGCAGGCCAGUGCUAACCCCAGUUGAGGAGCAAGCAGCAACCUCUGCUGGUGGGUCUGGUGUGACAAAUUCAACCGUCAUGCCCUCAUCACCUGUCGAGCCUUCCAAGCGAAACCCCCAAAAUGUGAUGAUCAGUGCCUGUUACACGCCAGCAGGGGCAAAUGACAGGGCUCAGCUCGAUAGAGACCUCAUUCCUUUGGUUCAACUUGGUGCGUCACCAGGAUCAGAAUCUCGAGCACUGGACGAUUCCGCAAGCACUCACUCAACGGAACCAGAUGGUAGAAACGAAGAUCGUCAUCCAAGAACUCGAGCAUUGGCCGCGGUCCAGACUGCAGGCUCACGGGCCACGUGUCAGUUGGCGAACUCUCUCCCGGUACCAUUAGCAAUGACAGAGUCAGUGGAAGAUACUGCUGCAGACGAGAAGCCGGAGACCACACGUGAUUUGUCGACUCUCUUUAAAAAAGUAUUGAAAACACAUGUUGAGAAUGAUGGAGAGGUUCUCCCUAAGGAAUCAUCAGGGCUGGCAGAGUUGAGGGAGGGAUAUGGUGUGGUUACUCGUGAUCAGAAUGAUGAUGAUGUUGGCGGAGGUGAUGAUGAUGGUGAUGAUGACACAGUUGUCCAACAUCUUCCAGAGGGUGAUAGUGAGGAGACGGAACCAGAAGAAGCCGCGGCUGCCUCUUUAUGCACAAGUCAGUCAGGGUUGAAACCAGAGCAGGAACCCCUAGGGGCUCAAGGAGCCCAAAAGGGCGGAGGUAAAGAAGGCAGCAUUGCAGUGGCCUCAAGUUCUAGUUCAAUAACGAACAAGAAACCGCGAUACAAGUCAUCUUCACAUGUUUGCAAAUCCUCUGCCUCAGUAGAUGCAUCCUCCGGAAGCAUCAGGGCUUCCCUAUCAUUGCAAAAGGGUGAUCCGAUCGGAGAACAAGAAGUAGCGAAGUCGAAAACACUGUCAGGAAUCUCACCGACAACACCGGAUCCUUCAACUCGUCCUCAUUCAGGCCGUGGCCGCUCUCAAUCUGGAACGGCGACAGCUUGUGGGAAAGGAAGGGAUGCUCCUGUUGGAAAGCAGCAGCAGCAAAUGCGCACAUCAAUCACAAAACCUUUAAGACCACUGGAUGUGGAGGCUCAGACUCAUGCACAAGAGGGGAAGAGCCAUAACUCAAGGCUACCUUCAGGUCCACAGGCAGUUAAGAAGGCAAGCAAGGUGACCACUGGGGUUAGCAGUCCCAGAGGGAACGUUAGCGAGGAUGCGCUAGCAGCAGUGCGGCUGAGCUUUCAGCAGUGCGCAGCUGCCGGUCAGACUCGUGCAGGAUCAAAGUCAAGAGCCCCCGUCUCUGAAAGCGGUAGAGUGAGCCUAUCCUCCGUUGGGCCUAUGGGACAUCAUCCAGAUGAUGAAAGGGAAGCUGAUGCGGACUCCAAAGCUGAUCGGUGCCUUACAGAUGACAGCCAUGCAAGAGAGGGUGUGAGGGUAUCAGUGGAUGGUGCUCAGAAUGAUGCAGCCAAGGGCAUCAAUGUCGGUGUCAGAGACAGUGCAAGAAUCACGGAGUGUCCUGAAACAAGCCAGGGUGUGAGUCAUCGAGCUAUGGGGGCCUCGGACGAGGCUCGCAUGCAUGGACCUGCAUUGGACAGCAUGGAUGGCACAAAGUGUGAUGCACCUGAGAGGAGUGAAAGGUCGGCCAGUGUGUGCCCAUCGAGAAGUGGGUUGAAGAAACCAGCAGUUUCUCGAGUGUACGAUCAUUUAUCGGAGAGCUCUCGGCCCAACUUGCAUCACUCUGCACCAAAUGUGAGAAAACUCGAUGGAGGCACAGGUACAACUGCCCGCAAGUCAAUGAGCAAGGCUGACAUGCACGCAGUAGGAACUCAGUCACCGCAUCGGAGGUCCUCUUACCCUCCUUCUGCCCUAAGGGUGGUGUCAGCAGGUUCUGCUGAGGCAUCCAGUUCGGAUGGGAAGAGUUCACAGCACUCGCGUUCCGCCGAUACCGCAAAGGCCCACAAAAUGGAAGAGAGUGCCAGCAGCAAAAGCACCAGAUACAGCAUUCGUCCUCUGCUGAAUGGCACUGGCUCAGGAACCAUUUUAUUGUCACCUGAUUGUAAUGUUAAGGAAGUGGGAAAACAGCAGAGAAGUGGUAGGCGAGGAGAAGGUAAAGGAAGGGCAAGAAGAGGUGGUGGAGAAGAGGGAAAGGAGGAGAACGAUAAGGAGGAAGAGGAAGAGGAGAGAGAAAAGGCGAGCAGAUGAAAAAUUUGAUGCGAGAGAAAGAGGGGUAUUCUAAAUCUUAACAGCAAAGGAAGGCGGGCAUUCAGUGGACUACGAUAAGGUAAAUAUUUUGUUAAGAGUUUGAAUUAACAGCGUGGCAUUUUUGCACAUCGGGUUGGUUUCAGCAUAGGAGGAAGGAGGAGGGAGAAGCUGGAGGGAGGAGAAUGGGGAGGAGGAGGAGAAGGAGGAUGACGAGGAGGAGGAGGAGGGAAGAGGAGGCUGAGGAAGAGUAGGAGGAAGAAGGGGAGAUGUACGAGGAGAGGGAGAAGGGGGGCAGAAGGUAAAGAUGAAGCAAUAAACUGGAGGAAAACAAUUCUGAACCUCGACAGCAAGGAGAGCUGCAGAUUCGCCGGUUUGUCGUAAGCUAAGUGAAAUGCCUCUCACAGCUUGAUCGAGCAACGCUAUGGCUAUGGCUAUUUGCUAUGGCUAUUUGGUAAUCGGUUUGGUCCACAAGAAUGGGGUUUGAUUCUUAAGGCAACUGAUCCAGUGUUUGAGAAAUCCACGGUUGGAGAUUUGCUGAUAGUGAUUUUAUAGAGAAAUACGUGGCUAUUUAUGGAAUUGGGAGAGUAGCUGGAGUAGUAGGACUCCGAGGGGACUGGUUGUGGACCCCACCAUUUCUCAGGUGAAUCAGUAUCGAUCCGAUGUCGAUCCGAUGACCAUCUCGUUCACAAGAUGAGAGGAGCAAGCAUUUCUCAACGCUACACUAAGCUUGCUACCUAGUGCUCCAGAUGCAUGUAGCAGAGAGAGAGAGAGAGAGAGAGAGAGAGAGAGAGAGAGAGAGAGAGAGAGAGAGAGAGAGAGGUGGUGAUGGUGGCUUGAUUGGUGACUCACCUGGAAGCUUCACAUUCAACAAGGUGAAGAUCUCACAGACAGAGAAAUGGAGAAAAUUAUGGGACGCAUGGAAAUGAACCGCAUUGGCUGAG